AUGGUUAAGGGGAUCCUGUGGCUGGCACAGAUACUGUGGUCCAGUGUGACCCCAUUUACAAAGUUACUGACAAAAACUAACCAGGGCACUGAUAAAUUGGUUAAAACAGAAGCAGUGAACUUCUCUCAAAGGUACUUCCCCGACCAUUCCCGAGCGUCUCAGACGACAGGGAGUUCCACUGCUCCGAAAGGAAAUAAAAAGCUUGUAACAAUUAGCCAGCAGUGCCAUCAGCUAACCACACAACUGCCGCAUGGGAAUCCAUCCCUCUUAACCUUUGGCUCCUUGGACAGAUGCCACCCAGGCGCCAUUUCCGCUUCCGGUGUCAUGGCCGACCGCUGGCAUGGAGACGCCGCCGCCGCCGCCGCCGCCGAGGGAAAGCGACCUCAGUUCGGGACUCGCUUUCUGAACAGCCCGGACAGCGUAUUCCACUACAACGCCUGGGAUAAUGUGGAAUGGUCAAGAGAACAGGAAGCAGCUGCCCAGAAGAAAGUCCAGGAAAACAGCGCCACGCUAGUGCCUGCAGAGAAAAAAGUCGAGUAUGAAGUCAAUGCCCAUGAAUACUGGAAUGGUUUCUACAAAAUUCACGAAAAUCGCUUUUUCAAAGACCGGCAUUGGCUUUUCACUGAAUUUCCCGAACUGGCCCCUCGUCCGACGGCAAAGACCCCUGGGAGCUUGGUGCCCGAGGCCAGCGGCAGCGAAAUGCUCCGAGCCUCUGGAAGCUGUGGGGAUGCCCUCGGUUUCCCAGUGCCGGAUUCCCAAGAACAGGGUCAGAUGUCCUGUGCAGAUGCGGAAAUAGCUGAGAAACUCAGUCACCUGAAAAUGAGCAUUGACGACUUUCCAGGAUCUUCUGCCACAUACCGGAUAUUAGAGGUUGGCUGUGGUGUUGGAAAUACAGUUUUUCCAAUUUUACAAACGAACAAUGACCCUGGGCUUUUUGUUUAUUGCUGCGACUUUUCCACUACAGCUGUGGACCUUGUCCAGGCAAAUUCCGAGUACGAUCCUUCCCGCUGUUUCGCCUUCGUUCACGACCUGUGUGAUGAGCACAAGAGUUACCCCAUGCCCGAAGGGAGUCUGGAUAUCAUCAUCCUGGUCUUCGUCCUCUCUGCCAUUGAUCCCAACAAGAUGCAGAAUGCCAUCGUCAGGCUAAGCUGCCUUCUGAAGCCUGGGGGGCGGAUUCUCCUCCGAGACUACGGCCGAUACGACAUGGCCCAGCUUCGCUUUAAGACAGGACGUUGCCUUUCGGAAAACUUUUACGUGAGAGGGGAUGGAACCAGAGUUUACUUCUUCACCCAAGAUGAGCUGCACGGCCUAUUCUCUUCCGCUGGACUGGAAAAGGUUCAGAACGUGGUGGACAGCCGGCUCCAAGUGAACCGAGGGAGGCAGCUGACCAUGUACCGGAUCUGGAUUCAGUGCAGAUACCGCAAGCCCCUUCCCUCGAGUCCCAGCUGAAGGGCCGGCCCCUCAGGAAGGAGAGCCCAGCCUUGGCCCGGGCGGGUUGGGGGACCGAUGCCUCAAUAGAAGGUGCUGCGGGUUCCUCUCGGCCCUCUUUAUGGGAUCAGAAGCCCUGCGUCGCCAUCAGGAAUUGGGCUGGGGCCAGGUUGAAGUGUUGUUUUAAGGAUCCGAAGACUUAAAUAAUGUAUGGUGGGGUUUUAUGCUGUUGAUGUUUUUUGUUUUGUGGGUUUGGUUUUUUUUAAUCUGAAAUUAAUCUUUUGUCAUUUCUCUUG